AUGGCAGGCGACCCACUCCUGGACAUCAAAUUAGACGGCAUGGUUUUUUUCAACAGCAGUUCCUACAAACCCUUUCUUCUGACCGGCUUCCCCGGAGCGGAAGCCUCACACCCUGUGAUUUCCGUGCUGUUUUGUGUCCUCUACCUAAUUGCGCUGACGGGGAACCUCACCAUCCUGGGGAUUGUCUGGGUGGAAGAGUCACUUCACGCACCCAUGUACCUUUUCCUCGCCAUGCUGGCUGCGAGCGACCUGGGCCUCUGUGCCGCCACCAUGCCCACCCUGCUGCAGCUUUUCUGGUUCAAUGUCCGUGAAAUAGACGUGGAUGCCUGCCUCGUCCAGAUGUUCUUCAUCCACGCCUUCUCCCUCACGGAGUCAGGCACCCUGCUCACCAUGGCUUUGGACCGCUACGUGGCCAUCUCCACCCCACUCAGGUACACGACUCUGCUGACCAGUUCCACCAUCGCAAACAUCGGUGUGGGGCUUCUGGCACGGGCUGUGGCUGUGAUCUUCCCAGGACCCUUUCUCAUCAAGAGACUGAGGUUUUGUGAAGCCAACGUGCUUUCCCACUCCUACUGCCUGCACCCGGACAUCAUCAAACUCUCCUGUUCAGACCCCCGCAUCAGCAGCAUCUACGGCCUCGUCAUCAUUCUCAUCACUUUCGGAGUGGACGCUGCCCUCAUUCUUCUCUCGUACGUGAAGAUUCUCAUCACUGUGCUAGGCAUCGCUUCCCGGGAAGGACAACGCAAGGCCCUUAACACGUGCGUCUCCCACGUCUGUGCUGUGCUGCUGCUCUACGUCCCCAUGAUAGGGGUGUCCGCUAUCCAUCGCUUUGGGGACCAUGUCCCACCCGUGGUGCACGUUAUCAUGGGCUAUGUAUACCUGCUGAUGCCUCCUGUCCUCAACCCCGUGGUAUACUGCAUUAAAACCCAGGAGAUCCGUACCCGGAUUCUGGGUAAUUUGCUGAAAUUACAGCAGAAAGGACGUUAA